GUAUAGGAAGUUAAUGCUUGUUUUCAAGAAAAAAAAAGCCGAGGCGGGAUUUGAAAGAAAAGAGCAACACGCGUGCUGAAUGUUAAGCCCAAGCUUUGGCUGUUGUGGACUUGAUUACUUUUGAAGAUGAAGAAGGACUCUGUACGGAGUGCUAGCUACACAGUAGAUUGUGAGGACUUUGUUCAAGUGGUGGAAUUCAGUCCUUUUGAUUCUGGUACUCCUGCCUCCCUUCUUGCGUAUGGUGGAAAUCAGUAUGUUGCUGUAGGAACUUGCACAUUUCAGGAAGAGGAUUCAGAUGUGGAUGGCGUUGAAUUUACAACUUGCCGUAUUUUUCAUCAAGGAGUCCGUGUGGAUUGCAUUGCUUGGAGUCCUGAAUCAAGAUUAGAUGUCAUUCCACGGAGAAUAAGGUUUUGUACAGCUGCAGCUGAUAGAAAUAUUCGAAUUUUUACUUCUGAUCUCCAAGACAAGCAUGAGAUCAAGGUAGUGGAAGGUCAUUCUGAUUACAUAAAUCAAGUAGUAUUUGAACCCAGGGAGGGUCAUCAGAUUGCAUCAGUAAGUGAUGACCUCACUUGCCGAAUCUGGGAUUUAGAUGGAAAGCAGGAAACCUCAUUUUUACUGCGCUCUCCUGGAAUGAGUGUCUGUUGGCAUCCAGAAGAUGCAUUCAAGCUGAUGGUGGCAGAAAAAAAUGGAUUGGUGCGAUUUUAUGACCUACUUACUCAACAAGCAAUUCUUUCUUUGGAUUGUGGGCAGACUCCACUAAUGUCAGCUGACUGGUGUUUUGGCAACACAAUUAAAGUUGGAGCAGUUGCUGGGAAUGAUUGGGUAAUCUGGGACAUCACAAGAUCCAGUUACCCACAAGAAAAAAGACCUGCUCAUGUGGAUUGUGCUAGAUCUUUCAGAUGGUCUAAAGCCAAUGAAAAUCUGUUUGCUACCACUGGAUAUCCAGGAAAACUUAAGAGCCAGCUUUUGGUACAUCAUUUGGGCCAUCCUCAGCCAGUUAUGAUUGGGUAUGCUUCAGUAGGAGCUGGACUGAGCUGGCAUAGGACUCUUCCUCUUUGUGUAAUUGGUGGAGAUCGCAAGCUUUUUUUUUGGAUAACGGAAAUGUAAAAAAGGCUUACAUUUUGCUAACACUUUUGUAAAGAGAUAUGUAUUUCAUUCAAAUAAAAUGUUUUCUACUAUU